AUGUACUUGCCAACUUUCAUUUACUCUGCUCACGGAGAGUUUUGGGAAAAGUUCAAAGUUACGUCCCGAAAUAUCAACCGUUUGACUGAUUUUAAAAAAUUAGCAGAUCUUUUUAAAGGAAGUGAUGUUAUUUGUUUGCAAGAGUUAACAGAUUCGGGUGCCAUGCGUAUUAAUCGGUUUUCAGAUUUCAAAUUGUAUUCAAUUCCCAAAGGAGAAGCUGGAAUUGUUGUCAAGAAAAAAUGGGAACCCUUUGUUAGUCAUCCAAUGGUUUUAGCUAACAUUUUGGGAACCAGAAACAUUGCAGAUUUGGUAUUGAGCAUUGAUGGUGUUAAAAUUAGGUUCAUUUGUUUUUAUGGACCUUCUGACCAACAGGAGAAUAUUCUCAAAUUGUUGAAGAAUCUUAAUGGUGUCUUAGGUCGAUCAGAAACAAAUCAUGAUGAAAUAAUUAUGCUUGGUGAUUUCAACCAUGUAAUGGAUGUCAAGUAUGACACUUUGCGUAUUCCAAUAGUGGAGCAUGAAAAAUAUCUCCAAGAGGAAAUGAAAACAUUUGAGAAUGCAUUUAAUUUGGUAGAUGUAAUGAGGAGCAUAGAUCCAGUUAUCUAUGCUCCAACCAACCGGUAUUACACAAAUCUCAGGAGGAUUGACCGUGUUUAUGUUACAUCAAAUUUGAGAUCUAAGGUAAUUGGAUAUGGACAGACUAAUAAAACUAAAAUUGGCACACAUGCCCAAUUGCAUUUGGAAAUUCUGUUGAAUAUUGAUAGUCAACCAGAAUUGAUCCCACAUGAUAUCAAUUCCGAACAAUUUGGUGAAUUUGAAAAUUUGAAAAUGGAAAUAGAAAAUGCUUAUCAAAAAAUGUUGAAACAAAAAAUUGGCUUCAAAGUUGAAUAUGUUAACAAAGAAAGACAAAAAAUCAUGAAUAUAUUGACCAACCAACAACCAAUUGAAACAACUCCAGUUAAAACAAAGCAAUCACAAACAUUGAUUACUGAAUUCUUCAAGUCGAAUAAACCCAAUGCUAUUACUAUGGCAACUAUUGAUGAUAUUGAAAAUGUUAAAAUUGAGUCAUCAAAUGAUGAUUCAUAUAGUCAAAAUGAAGAAUAUACUAUACUUGACGAUGAUAAAAUGUUGUUAAUAAAUAAGUUGCUGACUGCAACCUAUGAUGCAGAAAACUUUUCUUAUAACUCAAGCUCCUGGAGUUGGGAGGAAGAAACUAUGGUGAUCCAAUUAUACGAAAUAUUAGGUCCAAAAUGGUCAUUAAUGUCAUGUUUAAUGAUGACACGGUCCUUGAAUCAGAUACGCAUGAAAUAUACGGAGGACCUUGAUCACAAGAUCAUAACAGGUCCAUUUUGA